UUCAACUUGCAAACCAUCUCCCUUUUCUCGCGUAUAUAAGCCUAUGGGUUCCUUUGUUAAUCCAACCUAAUCGAAUCCUCUCCUCUUUGCAGAGAGAGAGAGAGCUGAAGAACACCCGCGAAAGGCUAGUACAAUGCCGUCCGCACCUACACGGCCGUCGCCGCAGCAGCACAGCCGGAUCACUGCCGGCGGGAGGGCCUCUGUGGUGGCGUGCGCUGCUCACGCGGCGGUGCCGGGCGAGGUGGCGCGGUACCACGAGCACGCGGUGGCCGUGGGGCAGUGCUGCUCGGCCGUGAUGCAGGCGAUUGCGGCGCCGGCGGAUGCGGUGUGGUCGGUGGUGCGGCGCUUCGAUCGGCCACAGGAGUACAAGCACUUCAUAAGAAGCUGCCGCCUCGUGGACGGCGAUGGUGGCGCGGUGGGCUCGGUUCGGGAGGUUUGCGUUGUGUCCGGGCUGCCCGCCUCGAGCAGCCGCGAGCGGCUCGAGAUGCUAGACGACGAGCGGCGGGUACUCAGCUUCCGGAUCGUGGGCGGCGAGCACCGUCUCUCCAACUACCGCUCGGUGACCUCCGUGCACGAGGCGGCGUCGGCGGCCGGGCUGGUCACCAUGGUGGCCGAGUCGUACGUGGUGGACGUGCCGCCGGGGAACACGAUCGACGAGACGCGCACGUUCGCUGACACCAUUGUGCGCUGCAACCUCCAGUCGCUGGCGAGCACGGUCGAGCAGCUCGCGAUGGCAGUGCCGCGCCACAACUGAUGCAUGCUCUUCCGGACGGACGGACGCCACGGUUGGGCUG